AUGCGGAGGAGAGGCAGGCACGACAGGUACCUAGGCAGGAAGGAGUACAGAUCUCUUAACUUUCUUGCCUCAGUAAUCCCGAUUCAUGGCAAUUCAUGUAAGAAGUUGCAGCGGGCAAGUGCAGCGGACGCACCUGCGCUGAGUCUGAGGUGCCUGCCUUCCCCGUUCAACCUGGCCUGGAAGGUGCAAAGUGUGGGGUAA